CCAGCUUGCCAUCUUCACUGUGAGGAUGGAUUUGAAGUUGAUGAGAAUAACUGCCCACUGUGCCAAUGCAAGGCUCCAGUUCCAGUAACUCAGAUUGAUGACUUGACUACCGUGCAAACUACGUGUGCCCCAGUGAGAUGUAGAAUGUUCUGUCAAUAUGGCUUCAAACGAAACAGUGCAGGCUGUGAAAUCUGCGAAUGCCAAUCAACACAAGAAAUCGAAUGCCCUCCGGUCAGAUGCAGAAUGUACUGUGAACAUGGGUAUAAAACUGAUGUUAACGGAUGUGAAAUCUGCGAAUGCCAAUCCCCACCAGAGUGUUUACCUAUGAUUUGUUCAAUGUACUGUGAACAUGGGUUUACAACAGACAACAAUGGCUGCCCUAAAUGUGAAUGCAGACCCUACCCUGCUAUCUGUGGAGACAACAUUCCAAUGUGCUUGAUUAACUGUGAACAUGGGUUGAAAAC